GGGGCCGCCUCCGGGAAACAGUUUGAGCCCGAGCCAAUCCGAAGUCCCUUUCAAAGACUGGCAAGCCCUCAAGCCAAUCAUAGGGUCCCGCAGGUGCAGCGCGCACUGAAAGCUGGCCAAUGAGAGGCGCGGGAAAGACUACGGGCGGAAGCGCCGACCUAUGGACCCGUUAUGCACCGGAAGGGGCCUGGCCUAAGAUGGCGGCGCCCGUGGGAGCCAGGGAGCGCCUCUCAUGUCGGGGAACGGAGCGGUGUGGGGGCGCGUUCGAGGCCGCCUCCGCGCCUUUCCCGAGCGCCUGGCGGCCUGCGGGGCCGAGGCCGCGGCGUACGGCCGGUGCGUGCAGGCCUCCACGGCCCCGGGCGGCCGCCUGAGGAAGGACCUCUGCGCGCGGGAGUUCGAGGCCCUGCGGAGCUGCUUCGCCGGCGCGGCCAAAAAGACCCUGGAGGGCCAUUAGGAAGGACCAGCCGCUGGUCUCCAUGAGCUGCCCGAGGCCACGCCAUUGGGGGUCCGACGACCCCAGUUCUCAGGGCCAAGAGGAAGAGGACCUGGCCGGUGUAGAGGGUUGGGGUGAGGACAGGCAUUGGUGACGAGCAAUAAAGCAGGGGUCAGCGCUCGCGGGGUGUCUGUGUUGUAUUCCGUCUACAAGCUUGUCUGACGCGGCUGCAGCCGCAACCGCCAGCUCACAGGACACGCCAGGUGUACGCCAUGGGGGCCUGCAGGGAGCCCUCCAGACUCGGCGGGAUGCAGGGGGCCCUGUGGGCC